GAGACCACUAGAUCACCUUUUCCCGCGGCCUCGUCAUGGCAACCUACGGACAGAGUUGCACUCGGCCAAUCUGUAUCCCUCCAUCAUAUGCUGACCUUGGCAAAGCUGCCAGAGAUAUUUUCAACAAAGGAUUUGGUUUUGGGUUGGUGAAACUGGACUUAAAAACAAAGUCGUGCAGUGGCGUGGAAUUCUCAAUGUGUGGUUCCUCUAAUACAGACACUGGUAAAGUUACCGGGACCUUGGAGACCAAAUAUAAAUGGUGUGAGUAUCGUCUGACUUUCACAGAGAAAUGGAACACUGAUAACGCUCUGGGAACAGAAAUCGCAAUUGAAGACCAGAUAUGUCAGGGUUUGAAACUGACAUUUGAUACCACCUUUUCACCAAACACAGGAAAGAAAAGUGGUAAGAUCAAGUCUUCUUACAAGAGGGAAUGUAUAAACCUUGGGUGCAAUGUUGACUUUGAUUUUGCUGGACCUGCAAUCCAUGGUUCAGCUGCCUUUGGUUAUGAGGGUUGGCUUGCUGGAUACCAGGUGACCUUUGAUAGUGCCAAAUCAAAGCUGACAAGGAAUAAAUUUGCAGUAGGCUACAGGACUGGGGACUUCAAGCUACCCACUAAUGUGAAUGAUGGGACAGAAUUUGGAGGCUCAAUUUAUCAGAAAGUAUGUGAAGAUCUUGACACUUCAGUAAACCUUGCUUGGACAUCAGGUACCAACUGCACUCGCUUUGGCAUUGCAGCUAAAUAUCAGUUGGAUCCCACUGCAUCCAUUUCUGCAAAAGUCAACAACUCUAGUUUAAUUGGAGUGGGCUACACUCAGACUCUGAGGCCUGGUGUGAAGCUUACACUGUCUGCUCUGGCAGAUGGGAAGAGCAUUAAUGCUGGAGGCCACAAACUUGGGCUUGCCCUGAAGUUGGAGGCUUAGUCCAGCUGAAAGAAAACUGAGGGAAUGGAUAUCAGAAGACUUAGCCUUAAUAUAUUUCCAGUGUGACCAGCAGGCUUUUUUUUCCCUCCAAGAAGGUGAUCAAAACAAAGGAUG